GUAGAUUGGGAUGGGGGGGUUGAAGAUGAAGUGGGAAAUGAGAAUUGAGGAAAAACACGAGAAAAAGAAAUUACAAAAAAGUCCAAAAGCUAAGCAAGAGCUCUGUUGCUAGUCUUUUUGGAGUCAAUCAUUUACUUCUUCCGUUUUCAUUCGAGAGAAUCAGGUUCGCCUUCUGGCAAUUUGAGAAAGGAACCGACUGAAAAAGGAGUGAUUUUGAGCCGCUUUAUCGGAUUUCUUCUGCUUCGGAUCUCUUUUCUCGAUGGCGCAACAGGAUCAGGCAUCUAAAAUUGGCAAACAGGAUAGUAAUGAGAACACCCAGUACUCUGAUAAUGUCCAAAAGCAUAAUAUAUCAGGGAUGAUGAUCAACCCAGUUGAUACGGAUGGGAGUCCUGAUGAAGCUCCUGGAAGCAUACCAAAAUCUGAAGACCCAUCAUUUCAAGCCCGGCUUGAAGAUGAAGUCCCAAAGGUGAAGGACAACCAGCCUCGACGGCCCUCAGCCUCCCCUCAAAGGAGGACAGCCAGAACAAGCCUUCAUGAACACAGUGCCGACCACUCUCCUCUCCACCACCAUCAUCAGGCAAGAGUUGCAAACAAAGGUGGAAGCUCUUCUCCAUCUUGGGAAAGAAAAGUGUCUUCAGAUGGCGGCCAUGGUAUAACUUCAAACACUCCCGGAAAGUCCAGGCUCAGAACUGGCGGUCGAGCUGAUGAAUCCCCUGAGGAAGGCGCAGCAGUGCCGAAAUUUGGUGAGUGGGAUGAAGACAAUCCUUCAUCAGCUGAUGGCUUUACUGGAAUCUUCAACAAAGUGAGGGAGGAGAAGCAAACCAGUGCAACAAAAGUUCCUAUGCUUACUGAUGAUUCAGCCUACCUCAAUAGUUAUCACCAUGAAAAGAGAAGCAAGAGGUCUACUAUUUGCUCCUGCUUCAACUGGGGGAAGAAGUGAGGUAAGUAUGCAUUGAGUACUGUAAAAGGCUUUCAUUUGCUUGUAAAUAUCAUCUAGGGAGACUACUUAUGAGGGAUUCAUGUAUUUAUAAGUUCCAUUCUUUUGCUUUGUGCCUUAUGCUGAUAAAACUGGUGCUAGAAAAUGUUAAUUUUUCUGUGUUUCAUCUCAUAUAUUGACAAAUACAGCACUUUCUUCUUGAUUUGUUUCCAUUAAAAUUAAUUUAUCCAAUUAUUGGAAGAGAUUAAGUAA